UGGCAAGCCACUCACGAUGGACGUGGGCUCAGAAUACCUACUUAUUAGUUUUUACAUAUCGUAAAAUUACAAUUUAAGUAAAUAUUUAAAAAAUGUAGUUGAUUUCCCUUCAUACUUGGUCACGUUGUUUGUUAAUAAUUGUAAUUAACGCAAGCAAAUGUAAAACAAAAUAAAAAAAAGUUAAGUUUUAUGAGUGAUGCGAGCUAAGGAUGCGUUUCCCUCCAAUCUAGCGGAACGUAAUACAUGGUUAAAUAUAGUUCAAUUAAAAAGACCCUUUUUUGUAAAAGCAAAGAUAUGUAACCUUCAUUUCAAACCAGCAGAUUAUAUGGUUACGGGAAAAAGAUUAAGACCAGGAGUCAAACCAUUUUCUAACGAACAAGCAAAUUCUUCUCCGUUACAGUUGAACGAAGAAUGUGCAACUAGCACAGCUUGUAAAAGAACCUGGGAAACUAUGUCAGCCAAACCAUCUACCAGUCAUGAAUCAUUGCCGCUGCGUGAUGCUACUGAAGAAAAUGUAAUUGUCUCUAUUUGUAAAAAACCGCGGUGUAUACUAAGAGACAUUUUGGAAGCUGGAACGGAAAACAUGCUCAUUAAGGAAACUUUGACACCCAAAAAAGUCAUGGACAGAAGCACUUCUCCUGUUCAAGUCUCCUGCGCUAAUAAAAGUGUGCAAACAAGACUAAAAUCAUCGCGAGAAGAAACACUUAUGAAAAAGAAUAGAUCAUUAGUACAAAAAAUAUUUCGCCUCAGCAAAACUAUCACUAAUAUGAAAUCUUUAAUAAAAAUUGUACAAAACAACUAGGCAAACUAAUCCAACAAAGAUGAAAAACAGCCCGGGAUGUGUUUUUUUAGAACAAAGAACGCAAUGAAAAAAACGCCUUUUGGAAGUGCUGCAUCAAAAUACAAAAAAAUAUAUUUAUUAUGACGAAUUAAGCUUCCAAGCUCCAACAGUUGAGAAUGAAGUUGAAGAAUCUGUUCUUCCCUCACCCUUAGCAAAUAUAGACAACACAUUGGAUAGCAUAGUAUCUUCAGAACAUACUCAAGAUUCUGAUAUAUUCACGCAGCAAGUUUUUUCACACUCAGCACUCAGCAGGGUGAGCAGAAUGACCGUGGUGUUGAUUCACCAUCACCACAAAAACCUUGGCUGGAAAAGAGAAAAAGAAGGGCCCCGAAAACAAAUCCAGAAAGUUCUCCAUUUGAAAAAGAAUUAUUAACUUUAUUAAGUAAACAAACACCAGAUCUUGCCGCUGACGACCUGGCUUUUUUCGCUUCUUUAGGUCCAAUCUUAGAAAAGUUUUGAUGUAGGACAAAAGCUGGAGUUUAGAUCGAGUGCUGCGCGAAGCCACGAAUAUUCGAAAUUGGAACAGAUUGUAGGGGUUUUGCUGACUUACAAAACACAUAAUGUAAUAAUAAAUUUAAUGUAAGUAUUAUAUACAGUGUGAAACUACUGAUUGACAUCGCCGACGUUUACGCCGUGCGCAAUAAAUAUGUAUGCUUCGUAA